CACCCCGCCCCGCCCGCUUCCCAGAGCCCCGCGCCCCGCCCCGCCCCGCGCGCAUGCGCAAGCCCGCUUCUCGGGUCCGCCCUUUUUUGAGAUUUGAAUUUCCCCCAGCAAAGUGAGGGAGACAAAGUACCCGGAUGGUGAUCGCUGGCCUUUUCGCGCCAGUACUGUGAGUUCUCACAACAACCUUGAGAGGAAAAAGGCAGAACAGCCCUCCACUCGUGCCAGCCAAUCAGCGCGCCCUCCGCCUCCGCCCCGGCCUCGCCACCUACACUCCAGGGCAAGGUUGUAGCAUCUGCGUCGGAAAUCACGGGACAUCUUCCUGCUGGCUCAGCUGGGAGGCCCAGGAGCGUUUUUGUGUGUUUUUUUUGCAAAAGCUGUUUGACUUCUGAAAGGACAGCGAAGGCUGCCACUCUCUGAAGCUCUCCGCCCCAAGUCACAACCGGGCUUCCUCAUGAAGCCUGAGUCCGGGCAGGCCCUCUGCCACGUGGCCGUGGCCACCUGCCUCUGCGUGGCCACCGUCUACACGGGUGUUUUUGAAAGCGUCUUUGUAGAAGUAGGCUACAAGCACUAUGCAGAAGCCCCGGUAGCCGGCCUCCCCGCCUUCCUAGCCAUGCCCUUCAACUCGCUCAUCAACGUGGCCUACGUGCUCCUGGGGGCGCACUGGCUGCAGAGAGAUGUCAGUGCCCGGGGGCACCCCGGGGAGGCGCAGCGAGCUCGGUACCUGAAGGAUGUCUUCGCAGGCAUGGCUAUGGUGUACGGCCCCGUGCAGUGGCUGCGGAUCGGGCUGCAGACGCGCCCUGCUGCUGUGCUGGACCAGUGGUUCACCUUGCCCAUCUUCGCGUGGCCCGUGGCCUGGUGCCUCUACCUGGACCGGGGCUGGGAGCCCGGCCUGCUCCUCGCCAUCGAGUGCCUCUCGCUGUCCAGUUACGGCCUUUCCCUGCUGCAUCCCCAGGGGUUUGAGGUCGCCCUGGGCGUGCACAUCGUUGCCGCCGUGAGCCAGGCCCUGCGUGUCCACAGGCGCCACGGCAGCACGUGCUCCGGGGUGUACCUGCUCCUGGGGGUGCUCUCCUGCCUGGGCUUUGUGGUCCUCAAGCUGUGUGACCACCAGCUGGCCCAGUGGCAUCUCUUCCAGCGGCUCACAGGCCAUUUCUGGUCCAAAGUCUGUGAUGUGCUUCAGUUCCACUUUGCAUUCUUAUUUCUGACAAAUCUCGACACUUGCCAGCGACUCCCUCCUAAGGGGAAGAUGCAGUAAAGCGUGGAAAGAGGCUACUGACAGCCGCUGGCCGCAAUGGCAGAAUGGAUGAUCAGAUGAGAUUUUGUCCUCAGUAUUAAAUUCCCUGGGCGUGCUAAGAGAUGAUUAUUACAUGGGCGAUGCUCUUUUUCCUUCGAAGUGAUGGGCUUCAAUAUUUAGGCGUGAAAUGGUAUUCCCUAUCGCACUAUCCUUUUCACUGCUCUGUAUUAUGAAAUUGUUCAGAAUAAAAUGUUGGGUGCCAAAAAAAAAAAAAAAAA